AUGCCCAUAUUACAAAAAGCUGCUCAUCUAUACUUUUACUAUGUGCCUGAUCCGGCACAUGAAGAUAAAUGUUCUAAUCGAAAAUUUCUCAUCGUCCAAGAAAUUCUACAGAACAAUCCAGACAUCGUUUGCCUACAGGAAGUGGAUCAUUUUAAGUUUUUACAAACCAUUUUGGGUACACAAAACUAUGAAGGCAUAUUCUUUCCGAAACCCGAUUCGCCAUGCUUGUACAUUGAGGAGAAUAACGGCCCGGAUGGCUGUGCCAUUUUUUACAAACGCGACAAAUUCGAACUGAAGAACUUCGAUACCCGCAUUUUGGAGGUGUGGCGCGUGCAAAGCAAUCAAGUGGCCAUUAUAGUUAACCUGGCUGUUAAGGCUACCGGCAAGGAGUUCUGCGUAUGCACCACUCAUCUGAAGGCGCGUCAUGGCUCUCUGCUAUCGAAAUUGCGCAAUGAGCAAGGCCGCGAUCUGUUGCGUUUUGUCAAACAAUUCGCCUCGCAACGUCCAGUAUUGAUUUGUGGCGACUUCAAUGCCGAACCCACAGAGCCAGUAUAUGCCACAGUGCUGAGUGGUGAGCUGCUAAAAUUGGCCAGCGCCUAUGCGGAUGUCAAAGCCGAACGCGAUGAAUGCAAUAAUGAUAGCGCUAAUGAAGUGAAAGCUGAUGCAGAGUUAGUUUCUGAGGCGCCUGAGAUGGUUGAGCAGGACGGGGAGGAGGUCGAGGAAGAAGUGGAGCUUAUUUGCGAUGACAGCGUAAUGAAAUCAAUACAGCGAGAGCCACCUUAUACCACGUGGAAGAUACGCGAAGAUGGCGAAGAGUGUCACACCAUCGAUUAUGUAUUCUAUACGCCAGAGCAGUUCAAGAUUCGUAAUUGUCUGGAAUUCCCUAGAGAUGAUGAAGUUGGCAAAAAUCGUACGCCUAGCUUCCAGUAUCCAUCAGAUCACUUCUCAUUGGUGUGCGACUUCGAAAUAUUGGAUAAGCAGUAAAUAGCGUUGUUGCUCUUCAAUGCGUUUAGUGUACAUACAACACAUUACCGCACUUGCAGCAAACAAAGCAAACAAUUUAAGGCAUUAUUAGAAUUAUCCAGUUUUGCUGGCGACGCACAACUUUAACUUCAUUGGCAUUCACGAAAUCAAUUAAAUAAUUGUGAUAUUAGUUGUUAGAUAUACUUUAGAGACAUAUGUAGUAGUUGCAUUCAAAUACAAACAAACAAGCCAAUCAGACAACAAGCUGAUACAUUUUUUUGUAAUACUUGACAGCAAUAAACAUUAGUAGAAAUAUAAGUAAAUGGAUAUGUAUGUGGAACAAAUAA